AUGGCCAAUACCGUUGGGACUCUGGAAACUGAUUCUAGUAUUGUGACAAUCCUUUGUUCGCUGAGGUUCAGUGUGGAGCAUUCAGAAGGCGAUAGCGGGUUUUCUAUGUGCCUAAAUCCACUUCACAACUAUGCCAGCGUCGAUGAAAAUCCGAAUACGGCAAAAAUUAGCUUGGGGUUAUCUGUUAUAGUGAGAGUAACGUUGAAGGAUGGGACAUUUCAUGAGGAUAUUGGAUACGGGCAUUGUGAAAACUCGAAAUCGAAAGCACUAGCCUUUGAGAAAGCAAAAAAAGAAGGAACAACAGAUGCUUUAAAGCGAGCUCUCAGGACUUUUGGUAACGUUCUUGGGAAUUGUGUCUAUGAUAAGGAAUACUUGAGCAGGGUGACGAAAGUUAAGGCUGCUCCGUCAACAUGGGAUGUUGGGGAUUUACAUCGCGAUACUUCCCGUACUGUGAAGAAGGGUAAUACUCCCACGCUCGAUGGUGGUUCCAAGCCACAAAACACAGCUAGUACUAGGCUUUCACCUCGGUUGCUUAAUGUGCCGACAGCCCAGGCAGAUGAGUUUCUCCCGUUGGAUCUGGAAGGUGAAUUUGGAAGUGACUUAUUCGAUGAGGCGGAUUUUGCGGAGUCUCAUUGUGAGCACCCCGAUGAUGUGGUUAUGGACCAAGAACAGCCUGAACAGCAAAUCCAGCAGAAUCCGCAACAAAUCCACUCAAUUUCACAUGAAGUUCAGAGCAACCGUCCGGCAGACACUACAAAACAUCUGAAUCAAACUGUUACCCCAUCGAAGCCGGAAAGUUCAUGUGUUGCUGGUAUCCAUUCUGUGGCGCAACCGGAUCUUCCACCCACGCCUGGUGACAGAUUAAAUAGACCUGGCCUCCCCCAAAUUUCUUCCAAUCAUCACCUUCUCGCAAAUCUCAAAACGCCGUCAGCCCAACGACUACAGCCAUUUCCACAAAGCAGCUCAACACCUAUCCCUUCCCAACCCCCUACACACAUCCCAAACUUACCCCCACCUCUCCCGAGUGACCAACUAAAGCCGAAAUCAGAUUUAACCCCGAAGGACAGCCAUAACAUUUCUCCAACCAAAGCUCCUUCUCCUCUCAGCUCUCCAAUUCCUGAAGACAAACGACCUCAGGAUCCUGCCCGUGGAUUCUACUCCGCUCGGGCAGCCGACGUUCUGAGGAGCAAUCCAUAUGAAGCACCUAAGUCAGCACCUGCUUUUGACCCAAGUUUCGACAGCCCGUCCAUCCGGAAAACAGCAGGCAUUAAUCACAAGGCCUCAGCCCCAGUUAUUCGCACCCUAAUUAGCACUAACCCUCCCCGGUUCGCAGACAACACUACCGACUCCGUACCUUCAGGUAGCCAGGUUCAGUACUUUAAUCUAACAAAAUCAAGUAUCCCUGACUCGACGAAACGAGGAUCAGUUCCUCGCCCUGUUGGUGGUAGCGGUAGCGGCUUUGUACCGCCAGCAGCUAGGUCUCCUCUGACGACUAGCUCGUAUCGACCACCUACACGAAUGACAAGAAGCAAUGCUGCCCAUGUUUCUGCCGUAUCAAAUACAAACACGGUUACCGCUCCAGCUCAAAACGUAAACGGGAAGAGACCACCUCUUGCAGACUUGACGAACGGUCAAGGUAACGAAGAUUCUAAUAACGACCCUGCGAGAAAGAGAAAGGUCGGUGAUGGAGAUACCAUUUCAAAUGUCGCUACUACGCGUCACCAGCAACAACCACAGCAAUAA